AUGGAGGACAGGGAUACGGAUGACGACUCGGAUCGGAGAGAGGUUCGCCAACGUCAGGGCGACGUUGUGGCGAACGGCAAAUCUGUGCCCGUGACGCCACGACAACCACCGACAAGCAGGAGCAAUUCUUCCGGCGCUGUCGGGUCUUCCGGACCGAUGUCGAGCGGCGGUCCCAGGGCCUCAGCGUCCCCAACGAUGGAGAAGAAGAAGAAUCCCAAGCGCAAGGUGUACAGCGAACCGCCAGUCUGGGCCCAGACUUUCAAGAACCACCAAAAGCUGCGACACGCCAAUUUCGAGUUCCCGAAGCGGAAACCCACCUCACAGCCCCCAUCUCUGAACGGGCGGGCGCCUAGUUUCAUAGCAGAACAUAAGAGCCGGAACACGUCGCCAGAGGUAGUCAGGCCCCCGGGCAACACCCAACAAAAUGCCCCAGUCGCCCAACCCGGGCCUCCUGCCCCCGUGACCGCGGUACCGCCUCCAUCUGACUCCAAGGCGGAAAUGACGGCUAUACUGGGACCGUGGGAACCGACGAUUGCCAAUGUCAAGCCGAUUGACGAACUCAACAAGGCCGUGGCGGACUUUUUGUUCCUCAACGUGAUCAAUAAUCAGGAUGCUGUGGAGAUUGCGAGUCUCGGAAUCGCGUUCGAGAUUGAGGCCAAGCUAGGGACGAUCAUUGAUAAGGACACCAACGAGCGGGUGGCGUAUAUGGUUGCGUCGGAGUGUCUGCUGCAAGACCGGGGACAGCUCGCUUUCCGCAGCAGCAUGACAGAGGCUCAGCACAAAGGUCUCAACGACUACCUCAACCGCAUGGUCAUCGAGGCCGACCCCCGGAACCCCGCCCCCGGCGCGGCGGCGCGCGUGCAGGUGCACUAUAAACACCGGCGGGAGGAGGACUGCUACUUUGAGCUGCCGCCCCAGCUACGCGACACGCUGCCCGGCUGCGUGCGCGCGCUCAUGCGACCGCGGCACACGCCCAAGGUGCGGGUGACGUACGAACAGCGCUCGCGCAAGGUGGUGGCCACGAUUGUCAAGGUGCGCGUCGCCGACCUCAACAUCCACAUGCCCAACUCGCCUCUCGACUGCCGCAUCAGCAUCAACCUCGAAAUGGAUUGGCCUGGCCCCGUCGAGGAGCUGGAGCAGAUUGGCGGCGGGGGGACAGGGGAUCUCCUCCGAGGCAAAAGGAUCGACUGA